AUGUGUUACUAUGGCAGCUACUGUGGAGGCCUGAGCUACGGCUAUGGUGGCCUAGGUUAUGGUUAUGGCUGUGGCUAUGGUGGCUAUGGUGGCUAUGGUUAUGGCUGUUGCUGCCCUCUGUGCUGUAGAAGGUACUGGUCCUAUGGCUUCUACUGA